AGAGCCAAUAAGAAAAAGAAGCAGCGCCGCGGUAGCAGAGAGGGCUGAUCCCUUUUCCUAGUCCUGCAGGCGGGCGGGGACCAGGGAGCGAAAAGCGCCAUCCCUGCUCUGAGGGGCCCGGGGGCCGGGUCCCGGAGCAUGGCGGACCGGACCGAGACCCUGAGCAUGUGGAGGUGGAGCUGCCGAGGCCGCCUGGCCAGCUGUCAAGUCCUUAUAGCUAGCGCUGCAAAGGCAGCCACUGUAACUAUAGCCGAGCCGCGCUUGCGGUCCUAGGCGGGAAAAAAAUGACAGCAUGAGUUCUGCCGCUGUCUAGUUUUCUCCCUUUUCUUCUUCUGUGCGUUCCUCUUCCACAUACUCCGUUGUCCUCCUUUCCUGUCCCGGGGCUCCUCUUUCCCCUGACCUUUACCCUCCAUUCUCACUUCUGUCCUUUUCCAUUUAUCCUAUGCCCUGCAUUUCCAUCUAUCCUUUAUCAACCUCUGUGCCUCAUUUUCCUUCUCCCGCCUUUGUCUUUCCUCCAUCCUCUUUUUCAUCCUGUCACCCUCCCAACACAAACUCUCCGUCCUCCUCCGCCCACCAACCCCCUCCCCCCACAUCCUUCCUCAUCUGCAUCCUCCUCUCCUACUUUUCUCCGCCCUCUCGCCCAAGCCUCCGCCCAUUAGCCCCCGCCCCCAGCUGCCAGUCCUCAGCAGCUCAGUCCUGCUGUGAGUCCAUAGCAAAGGACCAGGAGCUGACUGAGCACUGCUGGCUGUGCAGGCUAGCAAGUCUCCGAAUGGCUCAGGAGAAAAUGGAGCUGGAUUUUGAGGCUGACACAUCUGAUGGGGGCACCCUGAGACGGUCCAACAGUGCUCCCCUGAUCCAUGUGCUCAGUGACCUUUCACAGGUUUUUGAGCCAUAUCCACUUAGAACUCGGAGGAACAGUGAGACAAUUAUGAGCCAUCAUAGCUUGGAAGAAGGCCUGGAUAUGAUGAACAGAGAAACUUCAAAUGAAAGGGAGGAACAAGCUGGGAUGCAGAUGAGCCAAUCUUGGGAUGAAAGCUUGAGCCUGAGUGACAGUGAUUUUGACAAGCCAGAGAAACUAUAUUCUCCAAAGAGAAUUGACUUCACUCCAGUUUCUCCAGCGCCUUCCCCAACCAGAGGAUUUGGGAAGCAGUGCUUUUCGCCUUCCUUGCAAAUGUUUGUGAGUAGCAGUGGUAUGCCACCAAGUCCUGUUCCGAAUCCAAGGCAUUUUUCAAGGAGGAGUCAGAGUCCAGUCAAGUGCAUUAGGCCCAGUGUUCUUGGUCCUCUUAAGAGAAAAGGGGAAAUGGAGACAGAAAGCCAGCCCAAGAGACUCUUCCAAGGCACCACUAACGUGCUGUCUACAGAUGCUGCGCAAUUGUCUGAUCUCAGUUCAUGUUCAGAUAUUUUGGAUGGCAGUAGUAUCAGCAGUGGCUUGUCCUCAGACUCAAUGGCUACAGGCAGCGCUCCCGCAGAGUCUCCAGUAGCAUGCUCCAAUUCAUGCUCCUCGUUCAUCUUGAUGGAUGAUCUCUCACCCAAGUGACUUAACCAUUUCUGAUUCAGUGUUUUAACUAUGUGGAGAACUUUGAUCCACAAUGGGGAUUAGAGUUUGGCCGAUUGCAACCAUUCCGAUGCUCAUUCCUGGGCAUCUCCUCUCUAAAGUUCAAUUUUGCAAACAGAGUCACCUUACUAACAUCCAUUUGGGCUGACCUCAUUUUGCGUUUGAUAACUAAAUCUCAAAUACACAUUUUUGAUUGCCUGGAGGGGUUUUUUUCCCUAGUGCCUCAAAGAGCACCUACUUUCACUCACUGAAGGGGAACACUAAAGCAUAUUUUCUAUGAUUGUUUUUUUUUCCCCUAGCAGUGACGUAUCAGAGUUGAUCAGAAAUUCUCUUGCUUGAGAGAUUUAUAAAAAUUCUGUGUUGACUACAUGCUUUCCCAUCUCUUUCUUUAUUUCAUGGUAAUAUUAAAAUUGCUUUUGAUUAUAUCAAAUUUUCAUUUUUUUUUUCUGCAUCAGCUUUAAAGAACAUUAUUUCCUUUCCCUUGCCUGUUUGAGCUGCUUCCUUGCCAUUUCUCACAGAGGGGAAGAACCCCUAGUUGCUUCCAUCACCACCCAUAUUGCUUCUUGCCAUUGGGAUAUGUGCAGUAAAGACUGGUUUUAGAGUGGAGAAUGUCAGUGGACUUACAGGGCGCCUGCAUUAGUCACCUCGGGUUCUUAGGCCUUUGCUACCACAGUUGCUCUUUCCCUCCCUGAACCUGGUGUCCUAAGGAAUAUAUAAAAUAUUGUUGAUAUUUCUAGGUGGUGUUAUCAAGGAGAAGAAAUUCCUGCCUUGACCAGAUGUGUGGAGCAUCUACAAAUGAACGAAUAGUUAUUUACACAAACCACUGUACAAAAGCAAGCGCCCAUGAAGCUGUCAGUGUCUCGGGUAGUAUUAUGAGGCCUUAGGUGCCUUGGGGUACGUUGCCGUCCUGUAGGGGACAUAUAUCAUAGGGUCUUGUGGAAAUGGAAGCUUUCUGUAUGUGAGUGCUAUUUUGUUUGUUUGUCUUUUCUGGUUCCUUUUUGUCAUUGAUUGUUUUGUCAUGUGGUGACCUGGUGUGUUUGGUUAUUGUGUUGUGCUAGAAUCAGAACCCAGUUCUUGGCCUUGUUGCUUUAUAGAGGGCAGUUUAAUAUCUGUAGGGAAGCUUUGGGGAGCUUAAAAGGUCAAUGCUACUGUGCCCUCUGCUUCCAGAAAAAAAAUUUAAGCUCUAAGCAGUGUAUAUGUAGUGUGACGUAACAUAUGCUCUGUCUUUUUUGCAAGAGGAAACUCCUAAGUAAGAUAUUUGAGAAACCCAAGUGUACUGUAUUGUGACAUUAUUUAUUAUUUAUUACUCUAUGUAGAAUGUCUGUAUUGUUGGCUUUUAAUGUUUAACAUGGUGGGUGGACUAUUUGUUUAAUAUUCACAUUUACCCACUAGAAUCGUGAUAUCGAGUGAAUGUAAGAAACAAACAGAAAAUGAUUAAACUUAAGUCUUUUGAAAUCUAAACUCCGUGGAGGUGGUUUGAAGGCAUUUCCAGACAAGAAGCUAGUGUGCUCGGAGCAAAACCUCUCUUGUAAUCAUUAGAGAAUGUCACGUAGCGUGCAGCAGUUCCUUUAUAGGCGAGGUCUGCUCUUAGGUUUACAUUGUAAUCACUGUCAUACCACCUAUUACUGGCUUUAGGUCCCUUGUUGCUUUAGCCUGGAAAAAGCUCAGAAUCCUUCAAACCUAACGUAAAAGUGCUGUUACAAGACUCUCCCGCUUAUGUGCUGUUUUCAAGAAGUGUUUCCCAGACAGCACUUAGUAUAUCCAUUCUGUCAGUGAACCGUGUUCAGAGGCUUUCGCCUUCAUAAUGAGAAGAGAUGAGUUUGUCUUUCAGGAAACUUGUCUGCCUUCACUCUUCUGUCUUAUUUUGCCUUAAAGGGACACUUUUCAGUUCAAAUUUAGAGUCCAAAUUUAGGACUGUUAAGAAGUAACAUUUGAAACGUGAUGGUAUUUAGACUUGUGUUAAAAAUUCAGUGGCAAGGUAAAACCAGAGCAGCAAAUUGAAAUGGUGUGAUGAGAUCAAAGGGGCAGGAAGAUCCACUUAACUGUUUAAA